AUGCUCUCAGCUGAGCUUAUGCGCGAUCGGAUUACUAGCCUUGAGAGAGCCAACGAUGCAGUGUCAAAGCGAAAGCAGCAUAAGAAAAGGCGUAUACAGAAGCAAGGAGUCUUAACAAAGAGAACUGGAGAGGAUAUAAUUGCUCAACGUGAGGCUGAUCAGCAGAUUGCUCGUGAAGAGUGUCAAGGUGGAGAGCGACCGGGCCUAAGCCGCCAGGCUCUGGCACGCUGUACAAAGUGCAGAGAGCCUGGGCACAACUCACGGACAUGUAAAAAGGAUAAUGUAGACACUGCUUAA